AGCACGUUAAACCAUAGCCCCAGCCCUCAGUCGUCCAUAUCCAGAGUCGAGAGGAGAUGGCAGCGCGCGUCGGUGCGAGCUCUCGCCACGGCGCCAAGAAGUGGCUGGCGUCUUUGUUCGGGGAGGCAGAGCAGGCGUCUUCGUCCAAGUCGGUAGCUAAAGAGCGACUACAGAUCAUCUUGGCGCACCAGCGCGGCUCGCAGGUGCUGGCAGGUGUGGAUCUCGCGGCACUACAGAAGGAGCUGCUCGAGUGCGUACAGCGUCACAUCAAGGUGGCUAACGGAGCCAAUAUCAAUAUCGCAGUAAAGAACGAAGGCCACUUGGACAUUUUCGAGAUGCAGGUGCCUGUGGACGGAGACAAGGCGGUCGAGGGGAGGAAAAACAGUCGGUAAAGAAAGAGUGUCCGAGCUUAGGACAGCAGACUAUGAUAGGCCUUUUAAGAAGAAACCAACGCAUCUGACACGCUUUCCAGUGUAUAAAUUCAGACCUUAAUACGGGUAGUAGUCGUCGAACGGCAGCACUUCAAGGUGACUCACACUGUCAAAGAUCCAGGUAAUGCGCACAAUGGGGAUCUGGAACUGCUGCCACUUGGCUUUGGCAUCAGAAGGCAAUGUAGUCUUGGACACCACGCCGACUGGAGUGCGACGUGAACGCUGCUUCGAGUUAAGCUUAGAGAAGUUCUCACCGUGUACGACAGUCCCUCCAAAGUUAUUAAC